AUGCAACAACAUUUGGAUAAUGGUUACAGUCAUGAUGGAAGUUCAUGUGACAGGUCCGAUUGGCGCCGAGAAGAACACGGACGGUUUAUGCAGGCGCUGGAACUUUAUGGUUCGAGACAGACUGGAGACGAAUGGAAACACAUCACGGACUUUGUCGGCUCACGCAGUAUGGAGGAAGUGCGUCUACAUGGACGGCAGUAUCUCCAGCGACUAGUUCAACAAUUGCCACCAUCCCCUAUGGUAGCACCUUCAAAUGGCUACUUGCUCCAUGCAAACAGUCAGAACGACUCAAACAGACAGAAGUACCAGGUACAACAGGGUAUUGACUUGCACAAAUCGAGAGACGACAAAGGAAAGAGAGUUGUUCCUCAGCCGGAAGCUCUUGUCAGUGCUGGUAGUGCUCUGAGUGCCGCAGCGGCUGAUUGUGCAUUAUCGAUGAAUGUCUUAGCACCCGUACGAUUCCGCAGUCAGCCACGUCAGCUUUUACAGCAAGAAAACCAGACAGUGAUUGCUGCUCCGCAACGGAACGGACGGUGGUCUAACACCUGGACAUUCCAAGAAGAAAAAGCUUUUGAAACAGCACUGGUAGGUUGGGCUGGAAGCAAGUCGUACCCUUGGACCCAAAUUGCUGCGGCUGUACCUGGUAGGACCGCCAAAGAGGUGUGUAACCGCUUCGAUGAGAUGGUGGGAGAAAUUGCCUCCAUUGAGGCUGGUGAGAUACCUGACCUUGAAAGCUCGACUUCGAGUAGUAUUCCGAAUAACUCUGUGGCUGUGCGACAACAGGGACGUAGCUCGUUGAGUCGGCGUGCAGUUCCACCACCACCUAUUGAGAUUCUGCGACUAGAUGGUGCAGCGGGGGUCUUCCUCUCAGGCACAAGCACACGAAGCAGUAGAGGUUCUGUAAGCGGGAUUCCUAUGCUCAGUCCGACAUUCCUCGACAUGUUGGCGAAAGAAGCCGAGAGCGAAGAAAAGUCGUCGCUGCCAGCAUUACCGCUACAGUUUCCAGAACUAACCAGCUUGCCAUCCCCAAUUUUUUCGUCGACAUUGCUACCAGCAGUGUCACCUACUUCUUUUUUCAGUCCUGGCGAGAACAAGUCGGCUGCACGGGGCAAAAAGCUUUCGAAUACAGACAGCUCUGAUGAUAUCAAGAUGGAAGAUAUGGAUGCAUCGACAACCGUGACAAGAGAGAGCGAAGAUCCACGGCGCUCUUCAACACCGCGAAUAAUGAACGACUUUCUUGCCGGUGAUUUCAAAUUCGACGAUCCGCUUGGCACAACACCCAUUCAUAGAAGAAAGUCACCGCGCUUUAUGAAGUCGACAAUUUUUUUGGAGCAGGAAUCCUUGACCAUCAAGGCUGAAAGUGGAGCAAACAAGCAAGACAUUGAAAUGACCGAUGCCUCAGCCGCCUGA